CUUUUUUUUUUUCUCUCUUUAGUGCCCUUUUUCAUUUCUCUGGCAUUUUAUUUUUUAUUUUUAGAAAUUUUAAAAAGAAAAGAAAAAGGGAAGAAAAAGAAAUUGAUUCCUUUGUUGUUGGAUUAAAUUGAAUCUGCUUUUGAAGGGAAAUAAAAAGAGAAAGAUUUUCGAGCUUUGCGUUUGUUUGUGAGAAAUGGAAAGUUCAAAGUAAGUGACGAGAGAAUAAAAAGAAGGAAAGAAAAGGAAGAAAAGUUUGAUUUGGGUUAGUUUUUUUUUUUUGGUUCCUGGUAGUUUCUCGGCAACCAAACAGACUGAGCUCGAAAAUGCAAACGAGGUAUAUGGAGAGGUCGAAUAGUAUGGCGAGAGAGAAGAGAGGUUUGGAUUCGAGUUCUGGUGAUGAAGGACCUGAUAGGAAACGACCAGCUCUUGCUAGUGUGAUAGUUGAAGCUUUGAAGGUGGAUAGUCUGCAGAAACUUUGCUCAUCAUUGGAGCCUAUUCUUCGAAGAGUUGUCAGUGAAGAAGUGGAACGCGCUUUAGCGAAGCUAGGCCCUGCCAAGCUUACUGCUAAAAAAUGCAGUUCUUCCCCAAAACGGAUAGAAGGACCUGAUGGAAGAAAUUUGCAAGUGCACUUUAGAUCCAGGUUGUCUCUCCCUCUCUUUACUGGAGGGAAAGUCGAAGGGGAACAGGGUGCUGCUAUCCAUAUUGUCUUGAUUGAUUCAAACACUCGUCAUGUUGUCACGUGUGGUCCAGAGUCCUCUGUGAAACUAGAUGUUGUUGUGCUUGAGGGUGAUUUCAACAAUGAAGAUGAUGAUAACUGGACUCAAGAAGAAUUUGAUAGCCAUGUUGUCAAGGAGCGUGAAGGGAAGAGGCCACUCCUAACUGGAGAUCUGCAAGUGACGCUGAAGGAUGGUGUAGGAACACUAGGGGAGCUAACAUUUACAGACAACUCAAGCUGGAUUAGGAGCAGGAAAUUCAGGCUAGGGCUAAAGGUUGCCUCUGGCUCUUGUGAAGGCAUCCGUAUUCGUGAAGCAAAAACAGAUGCUUUCACUGUUAAGGAUCACCGAGGAGAAUUAUACAAGAAACACUAUCCACCUGCAUUAAAUGAUGAGGUCUGGAGAUUGGAGAAGAUUGGCAAAGAUGGUUCAUUUCACAAGAGGCUCAAUAAAGCUGGAAUUUUUACGGUUGAAGACUUUCUACAGCUUGUGGUUAGGGACUCUCAGAGGCUGAGAAAUAUUCUUGGAAGUGGAAUGUCAAACAAGAUGUGGGAUGUUCUGGUGGAGCAUGCAAAAACUUGUGUUCUAAGUGGGAAACUUUAUGUUUAUUAUCCUGAUGACAUUCGGACUGUUGGCAUAGUCUUUAACAACAUCUAUGAGUUGAGUGGUUUAAUUGCUAAUGGAGAAUAUUAUGCAGCUGAGUCUCUCUCAGACAACCAGAAGGUUUAUGUGGAUGCCUUGGUAAAGAAGGCAUAUGAAAAUUGGAUGCAUGUUAUAGAGUAUGAUGGCAAGUCUCUGUUAGGCUCUAAGGAAGAUGACAAUGCAGGUGCUUCACAAGCCAAUGUUCCAAUGGACCUGCAAGGUUAUCCAAAUUCGAUAAACCAACAGCAAACUCUACCAAGCCUGUCAGUGCCAGUUCCUUCAGAGCAGCCUCCCAUGGAUUCUGGUCUAAAUGUUGGAGGUUAUGAUGAUAGUAUGGCUGCCCGACUGUCGCUGCAAUCACAAAAUGUACAUCUUAAUGCUCAGACUCAGUUGAAUGGUGCUUCAUUCACUCUACAGAACCACUUGGUCAGUGCUUCACAGCAGGUCCAGCUUCCAGGAAAUGAUAAUGAGCUAGCACUUGGUUCAUCACAGUCAUCCAUGCCAGAUUUCCAUGGUGUUGGCACAUCAAAUAUUCCUACUUAUAGGGGAGUCGAGGAUUUCUUCUCAGAGGAGGAGAUUCGAAUGAGAAGUCAUGAGAUGCUUGAAAAUGAAGAUAUGCAGCAUUUGCUCCGUAUCUUUAACAUGGGAAACCAUGGCCAUACUUCCUUUAAUGCUACUGAAGAUGGCUAUCCUCAUUCCUCAGCAUAUAUGUCCACCCCAUCUCUGAAUUAUGGUUUUGAUAAUGAAGCUUCCCGUUCAUCAGGCAAAGCUGUAGUUGGGUGGCUCAAGCUCAAGGCAGCCCUGAGAUGGGGCAUCUUUAUUCGGAAAAAGGCUGCUGAAAGGCGGGCACACCUUGUUGAGUUGGAUGAUUCAUAGAUCUAGCCUCUGAGGCAAAGCUGUCUGGAUGUGGUGUUAGUAGGCUUCCCUUCAUCUCCCUGCCUGAUUCUAACCCAACCAGAGCAAGUACUCAAGGACUUGAGUUGUUGGCAUGGUCUGGCUCUUGUAGCCCUUGCAUUGGUUGAACUCCCAACCCUGCCAUCCAGGGACCUAUCUGCUUGUUCAUUUCUUCUCUGUACAGUAAGCUUCCGUCAUAGUACGGUUUCAGUUAAGGUGGUGUCUUGACAGUGGAGGCUCGAAAUGUUAUCAAGGGGAUGGAAUCCGUCCAGCACAAGUCUAAGUAGCGGUUGUCACCGGUCUAUGUAGCUACUUUAGAUGAUUAGCAUCUCUUCUCUGUACUUUAUUCUGUUGAGAUCAAACGAAAUAAAAGCAUAUCUUUAUGUGCUUUAACCUGUAACAUGUAAAAUAAAUUCCAAGUGGUAGUGAUUAACAUUGCCUGAGGCAAACUCUCACUGCCGCAUAAUGGAACUAUGUUUUAUUUCCCCUA